AUGUCGUCGCUCACUCCACUCACCGAAGCAUAUACCACCCUAGAUCUGCUCCAUGCUAGUGAUAAUAAUUGCUUAAUUUUUCAAAUCUGCACCGGAGCUGUUGUAGUUUUCUACCAGCGUCAUAAGCAGACGUGGGUCCGUGAUUCGCCAGGAGAGCAGUUCGUGGCGACCUACUUCUGA